AGGCUGAAAAGUAGGACCCAAGUGAAUUAGCUGAUUCACAACCCCAGCGGAUUAAAUACGGUUAGAACAUACUCUAACUUUGACCGCAUUCGACCUGCACUAGCUGAACAUAAAAAUUUUGAUCACUCGGCAAGGAACAAGGUGUACUAGAUGACUUUUUGUUGAAAGUAACGCAAAGAAUACAAGCCAUGCCCCGGUGCUCCCGAUUGCCAAGAGCGGUCGGCUUCAGCAAGGCGCUGUUAAUAGCCGUCCUCUCCACUUCCGUCACAUUUGUGCACCAAAUAUCCGCUUUUCGCUUCUUGAUGCAGAGAAACAUCACGAAAGCUGCGACAUCGGGGCAACUGCAGCGAAACAAGAUAGACCAUAGAAAGAUGGAAAAGUCCGAACGACAGACGGAAGCGGAGGGCAUGGUGAAGAUGACUUCGCGACACGAAAAGAUUGGUGUGAAGAAGAGCAACAAGCGGAGUAGAGGUACAAUGAGCGGAACUACAUCACGAGAGAUGGAAAUAGAACAAGAAAGGCUGCAAAAGGCUGCAAUAGCAGAGAGCCACGAGGAGGGCAGCAAAUUGCUGGAAACAAGACAGCAGUUUACUUCUACAACUUCUUCACGGGAGAUAAAACAACAAUCCGGAGGACGAGCACUUGCGGAGGCGAGAAGAGCAAGGACGGAAGAGAAAAAGUCCAUGCAGGAGCAGUCUACGUCGUCGGGACGAGAAGAGAAUUACUCUGCUGCUUCCCAGCAUUCAGAAUCACAACUAAAUAAGGAAAAUAGUGCCAAAACCCAGGAGCGCAAAGACGUCGCCAACACCUGCUUCGGGCACACGGAGGACAGUUUCGGAAGUACGUGCGAGGAGCGAGAAAAAAUCUACGAAGGCAGCGGGUGUUGCAAAACCACGCAGCACUCCAUCACUUGCUGUCCGUUUCAAUACCGUUUACUCGAACAGCACGGCUGCGGGAACCCGUGCGCGAGCUGCGGGUGCGGGGGUUGUUGA